CCUGUGAUUAGCAUUUAGCUGUCUCUUGCUUGCUUCUGUGCUUCAUUGAAGUUACCUUCAUCCCUGCAGUAAACAGCAGGCUGCCGGGCUACUUUAUACAUAGUGCCCUUUCUGCUCCUGCAGAUAAGGUGACCCCUUACAGCAUCCCAUUGAGGCUGUGUAAUGGAAGGGGUUGUGCCUUUUCUCCCCUUCUCUCUGCAUGUGGACUGCAGGAGGGGGAGAGUCAGGGAGUGGAGAAGAUGUGGAGAACCUGCUUUAUCUGUGGGACUGAUGGUCUGAGCUAGUAGGUAUGGGGUGCAGUCUGCAGCAUUGGCUGAGAGAUCCCUGUUCCAAGUAAUGCUUCAUCUCCUGGAGAACAAGGACUUUCAGGCACACACCAACAGCCGGGUGACCUGGACAAAUAGAAUGGCAAAGAAUGUCUGCUGAAGUAGAAAGUGAAGCAGCUGCUGAGACCCCUGCAGAGACCCCAGGUGCAAACCCAAGUACUACAGAUGUGGAUGUCACGGAGCAGCAACUUCCAGAAAAGCAGUCUCUGAGUGCAUCUAUGUGCCGGGAGUCCCACUGGAAAUGCCUUCUUUUGUCCAUCCUCAUGUUUGUUUGUCUUGGGGCAGUGACCUGGUGUCAGGUAACCCGUGUGACCAAGCUCAGCUUUGAUAGCUCUCUAAAAGGGAGAUCUAUGAUCUACCAUGGCAGUCCUUGCUCUGAUGGAUAUGUGUACAUCCCCUUGGCCUUCCUUGCUAUGCUUUAUGUAGUCUACUUGGUGGAAUGUUGGCACUGCCAUGCUAAGAGUGAACUCCAGCAUAAGGCUGAUGUGAGCAGCGUUUAUGACCAGAUACAGCGUAUGCGUCAAGCUACACCUUGCAUUUGGUGGAAGGCAAUAAGUUAUCACUUUGUUAGACGUACUAGGCAAGUCACCCGAUACCGUCAUGGUGAUGCCUACACAACCACUCAGGUCUACCACGAGAGGGUUAACACUCAUGUGGCCGAAGCAGAGUUUGAAUAUUCCCAUUGUGGUAUUAAAGACAUCUCCAAAGAUUUGUUGGAUCUGGAUCGCCAUCCAGCCACCAAAUUGAAGUUCACCAAGUGCUUCAGCUUUGCCAACUUGGAGUCGGAGAACUCCUACCUUACCCAGCGUGCCCGCUUCUUCACGGAAAUUGAAGGACUGGAUGAUUAUAUGGAAGCAAGGGAAGGGAUGCAGCUUAAAAAUGUUGACUUCAAGGAAUUAGUUGUUGCUUAUGUGGACCUAGAACGACUGCCUUGGUAUGUUUCUCACUACGCCUUUUGGGCUUCUGCACUCCUCAUGCUGUCCUGGCCGCUGAGAGUUUUUAUUGAAUAUCGAACUGCUCAUGUUCACUAUCAUAUUGAAAAGUUGCUAGGGCUGGAAUAUAGGGCCCCUGCAGCAUCAGAUGAACCCAUAUACAGAUUCAGGAUGCCGAGGGUUAGCACCUUGGACAGCACAGAGCUUGAGUGGCAUAUCUGUACUAACCGACAGUUGAUUCCUAGUUACUCUGAAGCAGUGUUAAUGGACCUCACCGAUUCAUCGAUAUGUAAUGGCUACUCUUCCUGUGGUGUUUUGCGUGGUUGUGAAGGCUGCAACAGAGCCUCCAGCAGUUCUUCUAUCUUUUCCCGUCACGCCAUGCAUAGCUGCAGUGGGGGUCCUUCUCACCUCUCCCUCAGCACCAGCCGCUUCUCCCUCUGUCAGUUACAUGGAUCCCACAGGACAGGACUCUGGAGAAGUCGUAGUAGUAGUUUGGCAGAGAGAGCUUGCCAAGACGACCAUUGCUGUUCUUCUUCUAGCCAGUUGGCCAUCAACGAAAACCCACCAACUUACCAUGAUGCCCGAUUCUUUCCUGUGCUUAUAGUACAUCGUCAAGAAGGGUGUCGAGGCAGGAACUUAUGCAUUCAUCGUUCGUCUUGCAUGGAGACAUCCUUGUGAUACAAUAUUCACAAUGUCUUUUUGUUGUAACCCCACUAAGUAGUUGAGCAAGUUGGCAUUUAAACUGUGUGACAUCAUAUCUACAGGAAAUGUCUGUAGAUGACAAAGCCAGAGGCAUGUUGAGAUAACUAACGAAAUUACUAUACCUUGUAAGCCAAGAUCUCCAGGGCCUAACUAAUACAUUAAAUAUUUCCAUUGUAUUUAAAUGAAAAGAGAAUGUAAUAAAUCAAUAUAAUCUAGGACAAGUGGAUGUAACUGUGACAUGUAAUAUACUGCAGUGUACAUCCAUAUGUUAAUAAAUCAAAUAAUGACAAUAGAUAAA